ACUUUAAAGUAGCUUUUUCUACUAUUCAUUUUUUUCUUCUUGGUUUCGUAUUGUAUAUAUAGGCACUUACACCCUACCUCGAACUAGCUGCCACCAUGAGCUCAUCAUCCCCCAAUCCAUUCCCUAGAAUCAAAACCAGAAAUGGUGACAUUCAAGGAUUUCCUGGCGGUAGUCUCACAGAAUUGGCAAGGGUUGAGGAUGCUGCCUUCAUCUUGCUGAACUAUGAUGAAGGUUAUACUAUUCGAGUGGUUCGCGUCGGAGACUUUGCCAUCCGUAUGGUGAUGCGAUCUCGAGACUCUAAGAGCAUUGUUUUGAUCACGACCUGUAUGGUGGAAGGCCUCCACUGGCCCCUCACUAGAGAUGCACCUGUGAUUCGCGUCGGUGACUAUAGCUUUGCUUUUGCCUUGCCCGACCUCCUCUAUGGUGUGUCCUUCCCGAGGAAGGUAGGAGAGGAUACCAUGGACUCUUUGGGGAUGGUGUUCAGGAAGUUUGGAUUCUAUGAGGACAAUAGAGGAGAUGCACCAAUCGGACUCCGCAACACGGACCCAAACUUUUGGAUGAUUUGGCGGCCCAAACUUGAGGAAAUCAUGAACAAAUACUUGGUCAAGUUCGGCCAUAGGCCAGGAGGAUUACCCUCCAUCCUGGGUUACCGGAAAGCUGACCUACUAAGGGUAAUUCGAAUGUCAGCAACCACCCAUUUGAUUAGCAAGGGCACACUUUUGGACCUCCUUAAUCCCUUCAGCACUCUUAUAACCAUUCAUGAUACCACCUCAUGCUUGUCCAAGCAAACCUCACAAAUUGAUGGGUUGAAUACAAAACUAGAUGACGUGAUUUAUCCAAGUGUAACCAUUUUUAACAAGCUGGUUGAAGCUGUGGAGCUCAUGUGGGCACUAACGACAGGAAAAUCUCACUUGUUGGAGAAGCACCAGCCGACAGAAUGCUUGAUGCCGCAGUUGGCUUUUAAGACUUGGACACUAAACCCCAAUGGUAUUCUCUUUCUAAUGCAAAUGUUGUCGCACAUCACCACCCAGAAAGAAUCUGCUUAUGGAGGGAAAGGCACUCAAACGAUGGAUAGACAGGAGAUCAAGUUUCCCAUUCUAGAAGAAUAUGAUAUAUAGGUAAUAUGGUGGUUCAGCAUCUAAUUAAGGAUUCAUUCUCUUUGAAUAAACAGAGUUAACUAGAAUAAAUACAUAAGAAAUACUCUAUUUGGUUUCUUAUGUUCACAUGUGUGUCCCUAGACUAUGGUAUCUUUAUGUGUUUGUUUGCCUUUAUUUUGGAGUCUAUAAAUAUACAUAUAUGGUCAGUUUGUACUCAAGAGUAAUCUAUAAUAUUUUCCAUGCUAUAUUGUGCCUCCCAACUUAACAAA